AGAAACAUAAUUAUAAGGAAAUGUUAAGGUAUCAAAUUAAAUAUUUGAGAAAAGUUUGAAGCAGAUGGUCAACUAUUUAAGAGAAAAUAAAAACCUAGAAAAAGGGAAAGAAAGUCUGUUGGGUUAUACAAGAGAAAGCAAAAUUAAAUCUGGAAAAUACCCAUUAAGUCCCACCGAAGUUUUCGGUUCGCUUGCCUUGCCUUGCCGUGUAGCCAAACUGAGUUUGAGAUCGUACAUGAUGGAGAAAGAAAAAGAGCCCAACGCAGCAAACGAGGAAAGCAAAGUUGGUGAGAGCGAUGAGACUGAGGAAGCGUUAGAAAUUGUCCUCUUUCAUGUCUCUGAAUGUUAUGUUUAUUUGAUACCUCCAAGGAAAAGUGCAGCCUCCUACAGGGCUGAUGAAUGGAAUGUCAACAAGUGGGCAUGGGAGGGAGCUUUGAAAGUCAUUAGCAAGGGAGAAGAGUGCAUUAUCAGGCUUGAAGACAAGUCUACAGGUGAAUUGUAUGCUCGAGCAUUUUUGAGAAAUGGAGAACCGCAUCCAGUGGAACCUGUAAUUGACAGCAGUAGAUAUUUUGUUCUUCGAAUUGAAGAGAAUAUUGGUGGUCGCCUUCGGCAUGCUUUCAUUGGCAUUGGAUUUCGAGAAAGAACAGAGGCUUAUGAUUUCCAAGCAGCCUUGCAUGACCAUUUGAAAUAUUUGAACAAAAAGAAAACUGCGGAAGAGAUGGAGCAGCAAUUCCAGAGAACUUCCUCAUUUGAUUACAGUUUAAAGGAGGGACAGACCCUUGUACUUCAAAUAAAGAAUAGAGGCGGCUCUAAUGUGAAGUCGAAGGUUUUGGAGCCAGGCAUUGACAAUCUCUCGUUGGAGGACAAAGGCAACCGUAAAGAGCCCAUCCUUUGCAUCAAACCGCCACCUCCUCCACCAGCACCACUUUCACCUUCUGCAAGCACUCAGAAUUCUCCAACAAGCUCACAACCAAAUCUCAGCCUAGGGGGCACUUCUAAAGAUAAGGCCUCAGACUCGUCGAAAGAACAUUCAGAUGAACAACUUUCUCCCGAAAGUCAGAGCACUCAAGACAUACAUGAUGAUGACUUUGGGGAUUUUCAAACUGCUGAGUAAAGGCUCAUAAGACUGUUAUGUUUGUACUUGAAUACACAAAUUGCUUUAUUGUGUUUUAUGGGUUUGGCUAGUGUGAUGAUUGAAAUUAGGUCCUCUGGUAAAUAUUUGGUAAAUGGACCAAACAUAUGAAGCAUACUCAACAAAAGAACUGUCUACGUUGACUGUUUUUUUUUUUUUUGGACAUAAACAUGACUGAUUUUUUUAUUCUUUAUUUUUUUUUUUGGGUAACAAACAUAACAGUCAAAUUUGGAUGAGUCGGGCGAGUGAUGCUUUGCCGGUUUUGAAGUUACUCUAUUCCACGCUUUUAGUAAGGAGAAAGUAAUUGUCUCAACGUUCCUUCAAUGCAACUUCUAACCAUGGUUUGUUCCCUAUUUCCGAUGAUUCUUUGGGUUCAAUUCUGGUUGAAGAGCUUAGGUUUUCACCUUAUCUUUACUAGUAGGGUUAAUAAUAUUUGCAAUCUCUAAAUUUUGACU